AAUCUCUCAUCUGGUUUCGAGAUGGAUAUAAAGAAGGAAGAAGCUUUGGUCGCGGCCGAGGUCAAGGAUGCGGAUGAUGAAGUUGACUACGAUGAUGAUUAUUAUGGUGAGAGUGACGGAGAGAGUGGCGAUCCACUGUCAUCAGACGAAGAAGAAUCGAGGCGAGAAGAUUUGCUUGGGUAGUUGGGUUGAAGAUGGGUGAGAAGCAAUUCGUUAAAGCCCCCAUUACAGUCUUUUGGGAUGUUCGGAGUUGUGGAAUCCCUGAAGAUUGUGAUGCUUCUAGGGUCGUAACAAAUAUAAGAUUGGCUCUCCAUACGUAUGAUCCGUUUCUUCGGUUAUGGGGAUUGUAAUCUUACCCCUAGGAAAGUCAAUAACUCCAUUUGUCGCAGCGGCAUUACCUACCUACACGUAGAUGCAAACGGAGAUAAGUAUGCAGACUUUAGCAUUAUAACUGCGGAAAUGUUAUCCCGGGCACAAGAGUUUCCUUUCCCUACAAACUAUCUGCUAAUCUCGGGAGACACUAACUUAUCUAUUACUCUUAAUCUAUUGAAGAAGAAAGGGCACAAUAUACUGCUAGCACUGCCUAAUGGACAUGCAUCAGGGCCUCUUAUUAAGGAUGCAUCAUCUGUGUGGUUCUGGGAUACUCUCAUGCUUGGUGGGCGCCCUCUCAUCCCUAACCAUGCAACUUCGCAUACCACCUCUCACCCUGAUGACACUGAUGAUGCAUUGAGCCCGAGCCUGAAGCGCCAAAAGUGCUUUUCACAACAUGGAAAUCCAAUCAUGAUUAUUAUUCUUGUGUUCCGCAAACCAGAAAACCUGUCUUAGUUUCAGUAUUCUAAAUAACCUUUUGAAAACUCGUAUCUAUGACUAUGUUUUAGCAUCUGUUCCUUGGUUGUGUGAUUCUCAUAACCUGUUUUUGCAUUUCCUCAAAUUUGCUUCGGUUGUGUGAUUCUGAUAACACCUCUUUUAGCAAACUCAAAAAUCAUAUGCUAACUUCAGAAAUGUGAAUCAGUCCAGUUUCUCUUGAUGUUCAUCUUU